CCCGACCCGGCCUGGGCUGUGGCUGUGACUGGCGCUGCCGUGGGCGCCGCACCUCGCGCGAGCGGGACGCCGUCAUGUCCCAGCGGCGCAGCGGGCGGCCGCGUCCCCGAGCCGCUAUAUAAGCGCGGCAGGGGACACCCGGAGGGGCUGAAGAUGAAGCUGCCCGCGCGCGGGCCCCCGCCGAUUGCCAGUCCCUCCGGAGCCCGCGCCCCGCGCGGAGCCCGCGGCCGCGCACGACCCGCCUGCGCCGCAGCAGCGGCUGGAGCAGCGACACAGGCGGCAGCUCGGGGGCCGCCACUGCCCCGGCUGCCAUGAGCUGUGCGGAGGUGAUGUAUCACCCGCAGCCGUAUGGAGCGUCCCAGUACCUGCCCAACCCCAGGGCAGCGACAACCGGCCCCACAGCCUGCUACCAGCCGGCGCCCCAACCUGGCCAGCAGAAGAAGUUAGCGGUAUUCAGCAAGAUGCAGGACUCUCUGGAAGUCACCCUUCCCAGCAAACAAGAGGAGGAGGAUGAGGAGGAGGAGGAGGAGGAGGAGGAGAAAGACCAGCCUGCCGAGAUGGAGUACCUUAACUCUCGCUGUGUCCUUUUCACUUAUUUCCAGGGAGACAUUGGGUCAGUAGUGGAUGAACACUUCUCAAGAGCUUUGGGCCAAGCCAUCACCCUCCAUCCAGAAUCUGCCAUUUCAAAAAGCAAGAUGGGGCUAACCCCCCUAUGGCGAGACAGCUCAGCUCUCUCAAGCCAACGGAAUAGUUUCUCAACGUCCUUUUGGACCAGCUCUUACCAGCCCCCACCUGCACCCUGUCUGGGGGGAGUUCAUCCUGACUUCCAGGUCACUGGACCCCCUGGCACCUUUUCUGCAGCUGACCCCAGUCCCUGGCCAGGACACAGCCUGCAUCAGACUGGCCCAGCCCCUCCCCCUCCUGUGUCUGAGUCCUGGCCUUACCCUUUGACAUCUCAGGUGAGCCCAUCCUACAGCCAUAUGCAUGACGUGUACAUGCGGCACCACCACCCUCAUGCCCACAUGCACCACCGCCACCACCACCACCAUCACCACCAUCACCACUCUCCUGCUGGCUCUACCCUGGAUCCAUCCUAUGGGCCUCUGCUGAUGCCUUCAGUGCAUGCGGCCAGGAUUCCUGCUCCUCAGUGUGACAUCACAAAGACAGAACCUUCUACAGUCACCACUGCUACCUCAGCAUGGGCUGGAGCCUUUCAUGGAACGGUAGACAUAGUGCCAAGUGUGGGAUUUGAUACAGGUCUACAGCAUCAAGAUAAGAAUAAGGAAUCACCAUGGUACUGAAACAUACCAUCUUACUGAGUUAGGUCGCAGCAUGAAGCCAAGGGCCCACUGGGAAAAGAUGGCAUCAGGGUUUUCCAUUCAGCAAAAGGACAUGAAACAUAUGGAAGGAGAAGACAGUGUCAUGCGGUUGACUUUGGUUUUUGGCCUUUCUUUGAGAAAGCAGGGUGGGUCCUAGACAUUGAAGAAAAGCAUUUUUACCUGUGUUUUUUUUUUUUCCUCAUCUGAGCCUUUGCCACUGUGCAACUCUCUCUUUUUGUUAUCUUGCUUUUAUCAAUAUAUAGCUAAGUUUUGUUACAUUGUGAUUUUUUUCAACCAACCGCCUUGUCAGGAAAGGAUGAACCAUAAAUUAAAAGGCUCAUUCUUUCAGGAAUACAAGUUUGUAGCUCUAUGUGCAUCUAUUUUUGUAGAAAUACAAAAAGUUUGGUUUAGAAUGGAUGGGCUAUUUUUGAGGGAUGUAUUUUUUUUAAUUUUGUAAAAAUUGUUGAGUUCUGUUUAAAGAACUUGCUCUCAGAGAAGCACUGGCAAAAAUGUUCAAAAUGCUUAUCUCUAAGAUGUCUAUGAUAUGCUCUGUCUGUGCUUUCUAGGUUACCUCAAAUGUUUUAUGUACUUUUCUUUUUACAGAAGUAGCUAUACCGUAGUCAAACCAAUGCAGUAUUGUUUUUAUAUUGAAUCUCAGUAAAGAUUUAAUUCCAUGCUAGCUCAAUUCGUUUUGAAUUAUAUGUUUAGCUUGAAAAGUGUUUUUUUAAUGGCCACACUAAAGAAAUGAUAUUUUAUUACUUUGAUUUCUCCCAAAGAGUAACUUGGAGGUUGACUAAUAAGAAAGUUUGCAUAAACUUUCAAACACCUGAGGAGUUUGUCUAGAGGAUACUUCUCUUUCUAGCGCAUUCAAAUUUGAUAAAUGAAACCAGAGGUUAUAUACAACUACUAGGGGAAAAAACUGCAUUUAACCAUGCUCCCUGCGAGUGCCUGUGGCUCAUUUUGCUUGUUUCUAAUUAUUCAUUCAUGGCAACUUAAAAAGUCAUAUUUUAAGUGGAAUUUGUUUUUUCUGAAGAGCAGUUGAAGGAACAAUAUCUGGGAAGGUACUAGAGAAAUUACAAGCUAGCUCUUUGCCAUAAUGCCACCUAUCCCUGUAAUGUGUAGUUUAAACGCAAAAC